UGUUCUGUGGGUUUUCUUCCCAUCGAAGUGGACACGGGAAAAGGCAUUGACAGGAAAAAAUGGUGAAGAUAGUAGAUGUCGAAGAACAGCCUGAUGGAAGUGAUGACGACGACUGCGUAGAGAUAGACCCUGCAGAGUUCGCGAAGAAGCUGAAUCUGAAGGAAACUGAUGAUGUGAUUCUUGUUGCUGCAAAAGGGAAGAUCGUUAAAGUUGAAGUGGAUCAACCGGAGGGCUCCGCGAAAGUGUUGACUAAACAUGUUGCUGCUGGUGAUCGCAGCGACAACCCCUACAAGAUCGAUGAAAAUGAAAUGUGUCCUCUUAAUGUCGAGAUUGAUGCGGACAGGUUUGUGAUUGACAAGCCUUCUGCCAAACUCCAUGGCCAUAAUCAGAACGACGGCCAAUUUUCCCGCGGAUACAAAGAUGAGAUUGGCUACAACGAUGUCAACAUUGUUCCUGGCAAGCUAGUGGUGAAGCUCGAACCAGUUGACAGCAUCGGUGUCGAAGUCAUUCCUGACAAACCGGUGGUGAAGCGUGAACCUGUUGGCAACAAUGCCGUCGAAGGUGCUGAAGAAGAUUCAUAUGACCACUGCCUUGAGAUGUCCCCUAAGAGAAGGAUAUUCGACGAGGAAGAUGAUGAGGACGUCGUUGUAGUCUGAUAAUAGGUUCCGGCCGUGAGCGUUUGAUCUCUUGCAUGAAUCUACCAAGUCCUCAGUGUGUAUUCAGUAUUAAGCAUGCCCCCAAUGUGAACAAUCGGCACGUUAAACUAUCUAAUGUUCUUCGCAUUAAUACCAUGCACGAUUAUAACUUCUUGUGAUCGUUUCAUCUUCUAUGAUUUCAUCGCAAAUACACGGCAUACUUAAAUCUUUAACAUCUUAUUGGU